AUGAGCGUACUGAAGUCUACGUCACUUUUGCUCAAAAUUUCCGGCUGUUAUCUGCCCCAUUCGUGGACAACACCGUUCGAAAGGUCUUUGUACAAUAUCUACGGGGUGUUCUCCUUUCUUCUUCUAAGCAGCCUCGUCCUCUCGCAAAUAUUAGACGUAGCGAUCAACGUGGAGAGCCAGGAUGACUUCAGUGACAAUUUUUCUGUCACCGCUGUGGUGUUUCUCACGUGGUUCAAGCUUUCCAUCCUACUCAUACGACGUGGAAACUUUAUAUUUCUGAUCGAUACGCUUCAGAACAAGCCGUUUUCACCUGUGGACACGGAAGAGAACGAGAUUAGAGCGAAAUUCGAGAAGAUCACCGAAUGGAACACGAUUGGCUACUGGAGUUUACUAUUAAUUUCUACGUUCUUUAUAUACGUGAGAUCGCUUUUGAUAGAUUUUAGUAAUAGAAAACUGAUGUUUCGAGCAUGGAUACCCUACGAUUACUCCCCUGCGCCCAUUUUUAUCCUUACCUUCGUCCAUCAAGCUAUAGCCGCGACGAUAUGUUGCACUUCGAGCGUCACUGUGGAUUCUCUAUACACUGGCUUGUUGAUUAAUAUCUACUGCCAGUUCGAGAUACUAGAACAUCGUCUAAGGAACGUUAAAACUGAGCAGGAUGACUCUGUGAAGCAAUGUGCUCAACAUCACGAUCGUAUAUACCAAUUUUCGAAAAAGGUGAACGAAGAAUUCAAACUGAUACUGAUUUCUCAAUUCUGCAUAAGCAUGUCGGUGAUCUGCUUCAAUCUUUACCGAAUGACACAGAUCAAAAUGGACACGAAAUUCGUCGAAAUCAUACUCUACUCUUUCUGCACUAUCACGCAGAUAUUUUACUAUUGCUGGUACGGCAACGAAGUGAAAGAUAAGAGCCUCCAACUUCCAUACAUGAUAUUUCACAGCGACUGGACGUCUUUGAACAACAACGUCACCAGAGCACUUUUAAUCAUGAUGAGACGUGCAGUGAGGCCAAUAGAGUUCACCAGUAUUCACGUUGUCUCUGUGAAUCUCGAAUCCUUCAUGGCAGUAAUAAAAACUUCGUACUCCGCGUUCAACAUGAUCCAACAAAGCAAACAAUCGUAA